CCAGCAUUCAGGGGAACUUUUAAUAUCGUAGGGAGAAAAAAAGUAUACAUAAAAGAAGCGGCAUGCGCUAGUUGUAAACUUGAUUGCUCGAAUGCCGCUGGUUUUGAAACGAGCUGUCCAUGAAUAAAAGGUGGUCAGAACAGAAGAUGGCAAACCCUGACAGCACCAUCAUAAACACCAGCAUUAACCAGAAAGAUCCAAAGGAAGCAUUGGUUAUUGCUGUGACAACAAGGACCAUUUUCAAUUUGGAGAAAGAGCAUGAAAUCUUCUUGACAAAGGGCAAAGAGGAAUAUGUGAAACAUCAGCUAGCAAAUGAGAACAGCCCUUUGGAGCAGGGAACAGCUUUCCCUUUCAUUCAGGCAGUGCAGUUUGUGAACAAGAAACUUCUUGAAAGAGACCCAGAAGAAAAGGGCCUCUUUGAUGUCAUUGUUCUCUCCAAUAACAGUCCAGAGAGUGGUGCACGAAUAAUCAACAGCGUGAAACAAUAUGGUUUGGAAAUCUCCAAGUUUUGCUUUGUCAGUGAUGAAGAUUCUACUCAAUAUUUGAAAACCCACAAUGUGAAACUUUUUCUCUCAGCUGACCCAAAAGAUGUGUGCAAUGCGCUUCAGAGAGGAGUCUCAGCAGCCCUCAUCUUUCAGCAAGAGAUACAGGCUCCUAGAACCCAAUUACGAGUUGUCUUUGAUGGUGAUGCUGUACUUUUUUCGGAUGAGACUGAUCGUGUCUUUCAUGAGAAAGGUCUUGAGGAAGCAGUAGAAUAUGAGAAAAUUAUGGAAACUGUACCCAUGGGGGAGGGCCCCCUGAAAGCCUUUGCUUUGCAUCUUGGGAAGAUGCGUAAAAAGUUUGGUCAAGAGGACUCUCCCAUCCGCAUCUAUUUGGUGACUGCUCGCAGUGGCCGUGAUAUGGGCACCCGGGCUAUCAAAACCCUUCGGGAAUGGGGACUGCCAACUGAUGAAGCCUUCUUCAUGGCUGGAGCUCCAAAAGGUCCUAUCCUCUCCAAGAUCCAGCCCCACAUCUUUUUUGAUGACAAUUUUCACAAUAUCCAAGGCGCUCAAGAUGUUGGCAUACCCUCUGCAUUGGUUCCUUAUGCUUGCCAGAAGGGAUCGUAGGAUCACAGUGUUCUGUCAGUAAACAAUACCAAUAUUUCUAAGUAAAGGGAUACAAACAAACUUUUAAAUGUACAGUGAGAGCAAUGUUUAGAAUAAAUUACAUUUAUAGAAAAUAGGAAGUGACUUUACCUGAUCAGGGUAUUCUUUCUUAUUGAAAAAGGGAGGAAAUCAAUGCUUAACAUGUAGAAAAUUGGUUCCUUUCUUUGCCUGUACAAUCAUUGAUGACAUUUGGAGAUUUUGUGUUAUUACAACAAAAGGACAUUCCAAACAAAACAUUCUGGACUUCUCUAUUGUUCGGGAACAUAGAGAAAAGCUAUUUGCAUGGGACAGACUUUGCUUUUCAAGUGGAAUUACUGUAACCAUAAGAAUUCCAUUCAAGCAUCUCCGUGAAAAAUUAACUAUUCUUGCUAACAGCUUAAAUUCCCACGUGGCUGCUCCUGGUGACACUAAUUUGCUACAGAUCCUAAAAAGAAUUGUCUUUUCUCAUUUUAGGGUGUUUUAAUCCUUUCACGCUGUUUGAAUUGAAUGUAUUUGCCCCUUUUCCUGGAUUCUGUAAUCUUCCAGCUCCCUUCUUUCUAUCAGUUUCCAGACUGAGGUACUAAGUUAUGGCAGCAAACUUCUGGUUUGUCGGAAAAACUGGACUAUUUAAACCUUGGCUUGGGUUUAGUUUAUCAAAAACCAGCACCAACACCCAUCUGCAACUCCUAAAGAACCCAACCCAUAGAGAUCCGUGUCCAUCACGUUGGUGACAUAAUUUUAUUCUGUGAUCCUUGGCCACCGUUUCCCUUAACCCAAAGUAACAGCCACUUCAGCCUUUAGUAACAUCUUGGAAAUAAUUUCACAUGACACCUUUGAAAAUUACCUGCUAUUCACAUGCAGGGAAGAAUUUUAAAAAGUUGAGAAUGAAAUUUUGAAGUCCAGUUUUUUAAAAACCUCAAACUUAAAAGACGAAUUUGAAUUUAUUUUAAAAUGAUUACUUUCUUUAGGUACACAUGAGUUACUCUUUUAAAGAUAUUAGAACACAGAGCAUAAAUAAUUUAAAUAGUCCUAAGUGUCAACAUCUUGCCUAAUCUUGAAGAAAGCUAAGCAGGAUGAGACUUAUACAUAAAUCACUUGGCACAAUCUGAUAAU